ACUGCCUGCGGGCUAUAGCCCAAGUUGUCCUUAGGGCUGCGAAACUUUAAUGUCGACAGCUCUCAGACUCUCAGAGAGCACCUUCAAAGCUUUUCUUCCUUCUCAGCUCCCGUUCAUCCACUCCGCUUGAGGGGCCUCGGAGUCCCACAUCUGUACACAAACAAUGUCUGCUGCGAAGCUAACAUCUCUUGCUACCUCAACACUUUCUCUCCUGCUCGAACGACAGCGCCUCCAGGCUUCCCAUCCCACUCUACAUCUGCAACCAAUAUCGACUAAUUUACAUAAGAUUAGGGAUGGUAUCAUAAUCCUCCGCACCGCUUCCGAUGAUGAAGCUGCAGAAAGUCUUAGAGCACACUACGAACGGCUGCGCGGUAUGUUUGGGGAAGAAGAGGCGGAGAAGGCUGGACUGCAUCCCAUACCCCCUCCGAUGCCGCCGUCACCCCCACCUGUAGCUGAACGUGUUCCCAGUCCUGAGACAGCAUACGAACCAUACACUGACGAUCCCUCACCGGACACAGAUGAAAAUGGCAUUUUGCUGCAACAGAGACAGAUGAUAGAUGCGCAAGAUGCUCACCUUGACCACCUUUCUUCUUCAAUUGGUCGACAGCAUCACAUUUCGCUCCAGAUAGGCGACGAACUGGAGGUACAUACAGGGCUCCUUGAUGCCCUGGACAGCGAGCUCGAUGGCACCGGUGCCCGCAUGUCGAAUGCGAGGCGCAGACUUGAACGUGUCGCUCAAGGCGCGAAACGAAACGGCUCUACAGUCACGAUUGCGCUUCUCAUACUAAUACUCCUGAUCCUUAUUGUAGUGUUUAAGACCUGAUGAGAGCCAUGUUCAUGUAUCGUGCACACCCUACGGUAAGACUUAUUGGAAGGGACUCUCCAUCUACUGGCAGUAAUGAUACCUUAGUGUUGUUGUGUUUUUCUCGUACCACUCGCUCAGACGUGUGCGUAUCAUAAGUUUCAGCAAAGGCGUACGUUGGAACACUUGUAACUCUGGGUGUUGAACGUUGAUGUGGCGUCCGAAUGCUGAAA